CAGUGGUAGAAAAUGGCGGUUAAAGUAUUCUCUCCUACAACUGCACUCUGAAGACGCCGUCAGCCCUAGCACCCAAGCAACGCUUAACGAUAAAUCGAUUCUUUUCCGUGUAACAAUAGGACAUUGUCCUGGUGGCAGUUUUUAGAUGGAUGCAAGAAAGAAGGGAAAACCUGUUUCGUCAGACAUUUCAUUCAUAGAUCUUGGUAUGGAUGACAACGCUGAGUCUGGAAUAUUGCCAAGAACUAAUGGUGAUGCCCUUGUAGUAGCUUUGCAGAAGAAGGAAACCUACAACAAUCUUGCUUCUCAAGCUGAAACUCGUCUUCCUAAAAUUCAUCAAACGAUGGCAAAACAUAAUAAUGAAACCACUGCUGAUAGGAGCACCCUUGACCUACGGAACCUUGUCAUUUCUCAGUUGGACCCGAUGUUGAGCUCCGGAUCGAAGAGUGACGUUUGUACAUUAAAAGCGAAAGCUUGGAAAAAAUUGAAACUAAAGAGUUCUGAGAGGAGGAGCGUUUUUAGUGGUUCAUGCAGUAGGCAGCAGCCCCAGGUUACAGGUGGAGGCGGCAAAACAGCUAAGGUGGACACUGAAACAACUAACAGAACGUCUGAUGAGCAAUCACACAGGAUGGAGUUGGACGUGAUUGCCUGGGAAUUUAACAUUAGCUUUGCAGGUGUUUGCGUGAAAGUGAAAAUGGAACUACUAGACGAAAAGAAUAUGGCGGAUUUUCCAAAGCUGGAAAUACCCUCGAAAUUAUUAGUUUCGAAUAGAAUCAGUGCGGCAGAAGCUUUGAAUUAUUUCAAAAUAAGAAAGGCGGCAGAAGACGAAAUUUGUUUUACCAAGCUUUUGCCUGCAACAGGCAUUACUUUGGACGAUUACUUAGUAUUCUGUUACAUGCAUGAAAAGAAGGGAUUUACCGUUUUAAGGACGACAUAUGUUCCCGGUCCAGUAAAGCUUUUCUGUUUUAUUACUCUAGUCAAAGGAGACUGUUCCACAAUGGAAUUGGCAUCACUGUCACCUCACGUGAAAAUAUUAGUAGAAAGCCUGACCCAUGAUUUAUUGAUGGGCGUUAUUGUGUUAGCAAACAGGAAACUAGACACAAAUCAUGUCGAUGAUAAGUCUACCAAUAUGCUCCCAAAAAGACCUCAGAAAAUCCUGACUGUAGAAAAACCAUGGACUAAUCGGAUUCAACAAAUCUGCCCGCUACCGAAUGAAAUCGGAUCGAAAUCUGAAGCUUACCCUGUAACAGAAGAAACAAACACUGAUUUAUCAGGCCCUACGAAAAGCUCUGUUAAACGAUCAGCAUCUACAACCUUAAAACUCAGUUUACCUGCUUCAUCUUCGCUUCCCAAAUUACUACCAUCAUCUGCUUCAACCAAUCCGCUAAUCUCAGCAGCUUCGUCGUCUGACAGGGAAACGAUCAGCAAUAGUUCUACGAAACCGGAAAUCUUGUCCUCAUCCACAUUAGAGGGUGCUCGUAAGAGAGUCGCAAUGAAAUCCGAAGAUGGAGGGCCAAAUAAAAAACCCAGAGUAGAUGACGAGAUCGUGCGGUCCUUUUCGAGAAUCGCUUUGGCGGAUGCCUUAUGGAUUCCAAAAAGACCUCAGAAAAUCCUGACUGUAGAAAAACCAUGUACUAAUCGGAUUCAACAAAUCUGCCCGCUACCGAAUGAAAUCGGAUCGAAACCUGAAGCUUACCCUGUACCAGAAGAAACAAACACUGAUUUAUCAGGCCCUACGAAAAGCUCUGUUAAACGAUCAGCAUCUACAACCUUAAAACUCAGUUUACCUGCUUCAUCUUCGCUUCCCAAAUUACUACCAUCAUCUGCUUCAACCAAUCCGCUAAUCUCAGCAGCUUCGUCGUCUGUUCGUUGGCGUUCAACAUUCGUAGGUGAAAUGCUGGAAUUGUCUUCUCGUCCGAGGAAUCGUCCGAGGAAUCGCCGUCGUCCGAGGAAUCGCCGUCGUCCGAGGAAUCGUCGUCGUCCGAGGAAUCGUCGUCGUCCGAGGAAUCGUCGUCGUCCGAGGAAUCGCCGUCGUCCGAGGAAUCGCCGUCGUCCGAGGAAUCGCCGUCGUUCGAGGAAUCGCCGUCGUUCGAGGAAUCGUCGUCGUCCGAGGCUCGUCGUCGUCCAAGGAAUCGCCAGAGAACAACUAAGGAAGCGCUUUUGUACCUUUCCUUCCUUCUGGAUCCUUCGUCUUCGCGCUAAAGACAGAAACACGCAAUGUGUACCUGCUUGACAUUUUUUAAUGUUACGUUUCAAAAUUCUAUUCCAUUCCAUGUCGCUACCGUCGCAUCGUAAGCGAAUGCUCCGCUUUUUAAAAUGAUCACAGUAAUGCUUCUCUUUUAAAGUCAAGACCAGGAGCAUUUUUUUGGAAACGUAGAAAACAAAAUUGAUUUCCCAGUGAGUUUAGAUUUAGAUUUUGAAGUCUAUCUACAAUAUUCUUUUUAAAACUUACAAACUCGCAUUGCCUAUUCAAAAUUUCGUCAUUCAUUUUUCGUUGUUAUUAUCACAAUAUUUUUCCUGUUUAGUCAACUGGAGUAAUAUAUACAAAUUCUAUCGUA